CUACUUACUUAUAAUUAUUGAUUAUCUUUCUAUUUCUCACAUCAUAGGAAAAUCGAGUGAGUUACUAGAGGCCACACAUUACGUAGGGUUCAAAAACAGCAAUAUGAACAAGAAAUUUGAAUUACAGAGGAGGUUCACUUUAAUCGAAUUAUAAUCAACAGUAUAAUUUAUAGCUGAAAAGUAAAACUGCAACCCCCAUUCAAAAUUUCCUGCCCAUAGAGUGAUUUUAGGAAGCUGAUGUGGCAGAGUGUUAAGCGGGGAAAAAAGAGUCCCGCCUGAUUUCAGAACCAAAAUACUCUCCACUACCCACUUUUUUCUCCUUCCAGGCCCACGUUCUCAUUUAAUUUGUAUAAAAAACUCUCCACUACCCACUUUUUUCUCCUUCCAAGCCCACGUUCUCAUUUAAUUUGUAUUAAUUUGUAUUUUUUAUUUCCGAUUUCCCUUCCUUCCACUCUUUCACCUCAUUCGAAUAAGUUUCUUGGCCUUCAGAAAACCAAACCUUGACUCAAUCAUCUGGUUCUUUUAUGUGUUUGCAUCUACCUUUGAUUUCCGUUCUCUAAGCGUUAUAUCGGUAUUGGUUUUGCCGUAAGUUAUUCUUCCUCUUUCAGAUUUCUGUUUGUUGUUGUCGCUGCUUUUAAGUUUUAGGGAUUCGGGUUCUGGGUUUUUUUUUUCCAGGGAUUCGGUUGCAAAGAUUCAUCUCCCUUACCUUUGGUUCAUUCCGUUUUCUUUAUUCUCUCUUACCUUCCUCGCUUCAUUCUGUUGAUUGGAUUCUCUAGAGAUCAAAAGGGGAUUUUUGAUUUUUCCCUUUCUCUUGAAAGUAACAAAGCUGCUUACUUUCCACUCCGCGCAGGUAUUGCUCCUCUCUCCCUUAUCCUCCCCAGUAUCCCUGCUUUGGAUUCUGGUCCAACUGCUUGUACUACGUCGGGAGGUGUGUGUUUUAAUAAGGCAGGGAGCUUGGCCGUCGACCCGUUCCUUUUGACCAUAGAUGCUUUGGGCUGGCAGUCAUUGGGGUUAAUACACUCCAAUUCUAACUUGCCUAUUCCUCCUGUGCAGAAUCCAAUCAUGGCACAUGUCACUGCUGACCAGGUGGUCCAAUUCUCAAUGGAGGAGGUCCAAUCCUCGAAAUAUCGUGCUUCUCAUUCAUUGCUGGGUAGAGUUUUCACGUCGAGGAGGAUCUCUACCACCGAACUGAGGGAUUCGGUGAUCUCUCCCUGGCUCAUUAAAGGGCGUAUCAGGGUGGUGCUGGCCAAACAAGGUUUGGUGGAGUUCAUGCUACCAAACGAAGAGGCCAAAAUUUGGGUGUUAAAGCGCACGCCUUGGGUCAUCAAUGACCAGAUUAUCCAUCUCCGGCCAUGGACCCCUACUGUAACGAAGCAGACGUUUGACGAACUGGCAAUUGCCCCAUUCAGGAUUCAACUAUGGGAUGUUAAAGAGGAUUGUUGUACGCAGCAGUUUGGAAGGAAAAUGGUGGGUGCUACGAUUGGACGAGUGCUGGAAUCAGGUGUUUUUGCCUGUCAAGAUACUGGUGCCUGGUUUGUAAAAGUCAAGGCACUUGUGGAUUUUACCAAACCCCUUCGUUCUCAGAUCUAUGCAGUGAAUGAUGAUACGGGGAACUUCUGGGUAAACUUAAAGUACGAGUACCUCCCUAGCUUCUGCUACCAGUGUGGUAGGGUGGGCCACUCUCUCCGUGCUUGUCCAUUUGACCCUCCUGUUCGGAAGGAAAGGUACGGACCUCACAUGGCCACCAGAAAAUUGGGGAUCCGCAUCUAUGACACGGAGGAGAGUAACCCAACUUAUCCGAGAGGCGCAAAGUCGGUUUGGGUUAAUAACUCCUACCGUGACCCUAAAGAAAGAAAGGUUGAGAGCAGCUUUGCUCAUGGUGGGGAAAUGCAGGCUUCUCCACCCCAAGUUCUACCUCGCCAACUUCAGGCCACCCCGCGGUGUGUAGACUCCCCUGGUCAGAUGGGGUUUAAUCGAAACCCGAGCCCUAGAGGCUUCCGUGUGUCGCGCUCGCCCUCGCUGAAGAUUGGCAGGUCGACGCGUCCGGUGCGGGCUCCGAUUGCUGCAGAGGCGAAGGAGAUGACCCCGAGUCGGCAAAAUGGGGGGCGGCGGAUCAAUGAAGCUCGGAAUCGUGAAGGGAAUGAACUGCUUCUGGAUAAUUCCCCUGAGGCAAUUAUUGGGAAGGAGGAAUCUCAAAAAGCGGCGGCUAUGAAUGAGGCUCAGGAUGCUCCGAAUAUCACUUACCGCCGACGACUUCUCUUGGAAGAUAUGGAAGACGACUUUGAGCCUCCACAGCUGGUGGAGAAGCACCCUGCGUUGGUGGAUGAUGGUGAAAGCAAAAAGGCGGGCCGCAAAUUGGUGAAAAAGGGCUGGGGAAACAGCCCGAAAAGCUGGCCCAAGGGAAGCCCAUCCCCCGCCCGGCCCGGAAAAAAUCUGGGUCCUCUCUGCCCCGCCCAGUAGAGGAGAGGACAGCGGCCCCUUUGGUGAAACCGCCUCGGUCAGGUAAGAAAAAAGGCAGACCAGA